UGCUGUCAAACCGGUCAAAACAUAAACGAAAACAAACGUGAUAGCGGUUGCAAACGCUGUGCAAAUUAACCAGUUAAAUAUCGAUUUUUAAUAGUUAAAAGUUCAUAAAAUGGCACAAACUACCGUCUCAAACCAAUCUACACUGCUACCUCUCGAAUUGGUGGAUAAAUGCAUCGGUUCGCGGAUACACAUUAUCAUGAAGAACGAUAAGGAAAUCGUUGGCACGCUGCUGGGUUUCGACGAUUUCGUCAAUAUGCUGCUGGAGGAUGUGACCGAGUACGAGAAUACGUCCGAGGGAAGGCGAAUCACCAAGCUGGAUCAGAUUUUGCUCAACGGGAACAACAUAACCAUGCGGUACUGAUGGUUGAAUAUUCUUUUUAGCUCGUUCCUGGAGGAGACAUACCGGAAGCCAACUAAGAGGCAGGAAGCUUUCUGAUCCACCAUUAUUUGAUUAUUUUUUCGCUAAAAAAUGAAGGUAUGAGCACUUA